GAAGGCCAGGGCGUGAGGAGAAACGAGGACCGAGGAACAGAACUACUGAUUCCGAAGGACUGGAGUCUCGGCCUAAGAACCAUGGAACCAAAAGACAAGGUAGCUGUUUCCUACCGGCCCUCUACCUCGGAAUGUAACGUGGGGAAGAAGACUGGAGCAGCACCGCCUGCGAUCGAACCUAGCCUCAGAGGACGUGCAAAUCACCCUGGCAGAGGCCACAGUUGUGGCACCAGGACCCAGGUCAGGGACCACGGCGAUGUCCUGCUGGCUGUGGGUUCUGAGAAAAGGGGGCAUAGUGCACCGGUAAAGAGACGCCAGAUUCGACUACCAAGAACAACUGUCUCCCGCAAACCCCUCAAACAGGCCAAGAAGACCCCUACCAAAGGAAGAGGUCUCGCUGCAAAGGAGUACCCUGUGUCCCAGCCUGAAGACCUGCCUCCAACAAGCCCCCAGGAGGAGAGCCCCCACGGGUCUCAAGUAUAUUGCAGGCCCCCAGCACUUUCACCUCUGCCCUCCAUGGCAGUGCCCUCCGAGCAGGAACUGAUGGGCCCUCCUUCCAUGGAGCUUCAUCGUGGGGCUUUUGCCUUGUCCAACCCAUGCUCAAAUAUGAUCCUCCCGCCAUGUACCUCCAGCGAUCAUCACCAUCCUCUGGAGCCACAGGGCUCCGGUGCCUAUGACCAGGCCUCGGUCUCUGCUACCUUAGAGUAUCAGGAAACACUGGAGGCUGCCAAGGCCCUGAUGACUCUGAAGAACUCUUCUUGGACCUGGCACCAGACCCACAGCUAAACAGGUCUUGCUUGAAGUUGGAGCAGUGAAGCCUUCCAGUCCAUCCGUGUGAUUCAGACAGAUCCUCAGGCCAGCUCCACUUCACUUCCUAUUGAGCAUCUGGAGUGUACCUCCCUCUUGAACUUAAGGGACCAGAGGAGGAGGUGCAGGCUUCUCCAAGCACUGAGUAGUUGAUAAUCUGUGUGGUUCAUGUCUGAAAUGCUUAAAUGUGCUUUGUAAGCCUUCGGGCGUUUAAUAAGCUUUCAGACUCUUUGCACAAUGUAGAUCAGUUCCUUAGCCUGCAGAGUAUGUUCUUGUAUCCCCAUCCCUCAUUCCUUUGGAAGCUGGUGCUGUUUGAUGUAUCUUCUGUAGACAGCACCGUGCGAUUUAAUAUGACCAGUCAGUCGGCGGGGUUCUGAGUGGGUUAGUAUACUACUGUUUGCAUUUGUUUUGUGAUUGGAUAUGUAUCUGGGUACUCCUGUACUUGUAUGUGGACACACAAGAAGUUUCAACUUGUGUCUAGGCUUGUGUAUUUGAACAAAUAAUAAAGCAUUGGUAGGACGC